AUGCAGAGUGAGCGCAGAAGCAGUAUACAUUGCAUUGAUCACCCUAAGACUUGGAAGACGCUGCCAGGUUGCGAGGAGUACAAUCAGACAGCCGAUCGUAUUGUGAGGGGAUUCUCUACAUUCGAGUGGCCGAGAGGAGAAGAAGAAGAAGAAGAAGACAAGAGUCCUUGUCCCUCGCUAUUAGCGAGUAUAGAUCUCUCACGCACGACGAGUGAAGACCCUGUUGUAAACAAUCCUGAACGAUUGACGGCGACAAAAAAGGGUGGUGAUGGUGGUGCAAUGACACUUUCCGAAAUACUCAAUGCUGCUGCGGCUGCUGCUGCUGCUACGAUACCACAACACAAAAUCGACGAUCCCUGGCUGAUGCAACACCUUCGAGAAGCGAAAGCGAGAUGGUCCGGGUCUGAACCUCGAUAUCUCGAUGAAGUGUACGGCGUUGGGAAUUUGUUGUGGUUGUCUCCGGCUGUCAAUGGUGAACCUUCUUCUUCUUCUCCUCCUCGACGAGAUUCUCAACAGUCAGACAUAUCGGAAGGUUCCCAUCCUGCUUCAAUAUUCAAGCAUGCUCUCCAUUAUGUCAAGGAUGGUGGUAGUCUAGAUGAUUCUUUCGAGCUGAAUCUGAACAACACCACGGAGCUGCUGGGUAGAAAUGAUGAUGCUGAUUCGGACGUGAGUGAGCUGGAUUUGACAGAAGUCAGUUUCCGGUAG